CUAUCAAACUGUAAACAAAUAUUUCAAGUUGAGGAAAUGCGUGAAAAAAAACGAGAAUUAAUGCAAUAAUUUAAAAUUAUUGGACAAUAUUCUUGCCCCAUUGUUGCUGCGAUUGCUUGAAACAGUUUAAUCAAUAUGAUUGGGACUUGAAUUGCAAAUGAUUUCGUUGCAUACAAAAUUAAAUCCCUUUUCCCGAUCUUGUGACCGCAAUUCUUAUGUAAUUUAUUUGCCUUUAUAACAAGUAAAUUUGCGGAAUCAAAAUUUUCUUAAGAUGGUGCGUGUUGUCUCAUGUCAUCAUUUUUUAUCACAAGAUGUUUUUUUGUCGCAAAAUGAACCCGUUGCUUUUUGUGGAGCAGAAGGAAAGUUUUUAGUUGCCACUACAGAACAUGCUGUGAAUGUACACGAUCUGGACUCUCGUGGAAAUAUUUUUCAUUCUUUCCCGACGAUAGACCUUGUAAAGCAAAUAACAUACUGCGAAUCAGGAAAUUAUGUUGCAACAAUUGAAAAUAAAGCAUCAUGGCACAGAAGUCUUAUCACAUAUGUCCGGAUUUAUUUCAAAUGGUGGAUUGAUGUCAGUGGCCAAACAUUGAAAGUUCGAAUCGCUGGUUGUACGCCAACAAACAUAAAUUCACAAUCUUGGAACAAGACAUUUGAAAUGGUUGAGUUACCCCUUGAGCAAAGUGCAAUUUAUAUUGCUUGUUGCAAUAAAACUUCAGCUCUAGCAGUAAGUUUGGGAAACAUAAUAUCAGUGUUUGGGUAUAGUACCAAGACAGAUGAGGUAUCAAAACAAAAAUUUCAUGAUUUUGAUCACUUUGUGGACAUUAGUGUUCCGAUUAUGGUAAAACAAGUAGAAAUAUAUGAAAAUUAUUUUGCUUGCAUGUCAGAAAAUGCUGUACACGUAUUUAAACUUGUAUCUCAACAGGAUGAAAAUGGCUUUAAUUCCUCAGUAUCCGAAACACAGAAAGAUAGUAAACUCGAACUUUGUGACGAUGAUUGUAUAGAAUGGAGAUUUGAGUCAUGUACUUAUAGUGGUGCUUAUGAUAAAAAAUGGGAAGAACACAUUCAAUCAAAACUUCAUUCAAGUUCAUUUCCUAUUAAUAUUAAUUUUGCUUGCAUAGAUAAAGAAAAUGAAAAGUUUUGCAAUGAAGAAAGUUGUGAAUUAUAUGGUCCUCUUCAAACUAUUAGAGGUUGCACCAUUGAUGUAAGACUGGACUCAAAAAUAUUUGAGAUGCUUCCUACCAUUUCUUCAAAUAUAAAUGCUGUAACUCUAUUAUUCAGACAGUUUGUCUCAAAAGAAAAUGGUUGUUCAUUAAGUGGACUUCAUUUGCUACCAUUUUAUGUGGCAGAAACAUCUCCAGAUAACUUUGCUGAUCCUUUAAAUAUGGCUGCUUCACAGUCUGAAAAGUCUUCAUUUUCCAAUCCAUGGCUAGGUCUUCUGCCUGUAUCUUCCUCUUCUGUCAGAACUAUUGGCUGUUUUUUUUCAACCCCUCAGGAAGGUUUUUUAUAUGACAUCACAAAUAGAACACAAUUUGUUAGCUCAUAUGUCUAUACCUCAAUGUUGAAAGGAAUUGCAAUUGAAUCUUCAUUGCUGCAUGCAUUGACUGAUACUGGGCUGGAGACUUAUACUGUUCAUCUUCCACACUCUGUUUUAAGCCAGGUGGAAAAGCUAGAUGGUGUAAAAAAUAUAUUACCGAGUUUUGAUGAAACAGUGUGUCUUUUGGGUUUACGUCCCUUUUUAGGAGUUGAUCAUUUGUCAAUGUCCGAAAAUCAUUUGAUCCUUAUAUCUUCCUUGGAGGAUUCCGUUGCUAACAAUGUCGUUGAAAAUGCAAAUUCUUCUACUUUGUACUCACUCAGGAAACCUUCUGUUGUGCAAGUUUUUAGUGAUUUGCUAGAAGUUGCGGAAAGUAAUAAAUCUUCAAGUCCAGCAACUUACUACCAUUUGCUUAGUGAAGCACAUAUGAUUUUAAGAAUUGAAAUUUUUAUGCACAAAACUAAGACGAAAGAGAUUGAAUCUCUUUACAGGAAAUCUUGUUUAUUAUUAGCAGAUUAUUUUUGUUGCUCAGAUUCUUAUGAUAAGACUACUGCAGUUCCAUAUUAUCAUCUUUCCGGCUUGAGUCCUGAAAGUGUGGUGCAGAGAAUGUUUGAUUUCUAUCAUGAGAACAAACACAUCAAAAUAUUGAAACCGAUGAUACAUUAUAUGAAUUCUAUUCUAUUUGAUGAAGAGUCCGGUGCAAGUCUUACAUUGCCCCAGGCUCUUGCAGAUGGAAUCCUGUUAUCUUACUCAGAAGAAUCUCCUGAGAUGCUGUGGAAAAUAAUCUUGUGCUCAAAUUUCUCUGGAUAUAAAAUUGACAAAGCAAUUUUGAUUUUAAAAAGAAGAUUAACAAGUAAACGGCAUCCUUUAAGUCCAAUUAGCAGUGCAGCAGAUACAACAGCUUUGGUAUACAUGCUGAUUUUGAAGGGGAGUACUGAUGCUGCUGAAAAUAUGCUUCUUUCAUUGUCAAAGGCUGAUUUGGUGACUGUGUUGACUAAUGUGCAUUCUAAGCUGUGGAAUGGAAAAACUUUAUCUGUAUUUGGGAAAUUUGUUAAGUGUGUUCGACCUGAUGCUUUUGUGGAACUGCUAUUGAAUGAUGUUGACAACAAAACCGUAAAAGUACCAGAGAUUCUAGACAUUUUGCAAAAUGAUUCUCCAAAUGUUGAGCUUCAUAAAGUUCCCCUCCUGAAGGAAUUCUUGGAAGCAGUUUUAAGUGACAAAAAAAUUAUGCCUGAUGUUGGCUCUUCUGUAUUGACACUUCUUGUGAAGAUAUAUUUAAAGAGAUUACUGGAAUCCAAAAACUGUAUUACAUCUAAUUCCUCAAGCUCCUUGUCAAGUAAUAUGAUUUCUUUUGCAUCACUGUUUGGAUCAAGACCAUCAUGGUUGAAUGAAAUGCCUCCAUUUUAUGGCAAGGGGAUUUCACGAACUUGCAUGCUCACAUCUAGUUCUGGUGAUACUUCUGCAGAUUCCUGUUGUUGCUGGAAUUGUAAUGAAGACUUACUUAGAUUACAAUCUCUAUUAUCGUAUUUGGGAUCAAACGAAGACAUUAAAGGACUGGUUCUGGAGUUUUUAUACUCGGCCAAAGAAAAGAAGACUGACUGGGUCAGUUUGGAAGUUAUGUGUUCAAAUGAAGCUCAAGCAAUAAAAAUAUUAAUAGGAAUGUCACCAAAAGCUUUGCUUCCUUAUGCCAAGGAAAAUAUUGGCAAUGACCAGAAAAAAUGGUGCACUUUGUUUUCCUUACUUCAUGAACAUAUGAAACGUCUUCAGGACGAGGAUCCGCAAUUGGAGGAAUAUGCACAAACAUUCCAUGGUGUUUUAUACCAUCUAGCUGAAACACUGAAGCCCUUUGAAUUUCUUGGUCUGUUGCCACAAGGGGAAAAUCCAAUGUUUUUACCGCAUGUAAAAAGAUGUAUUGAAAAACAUCAAGCUGAUCAACUGAAAAAUAAAAUUGUAUCUCUUGGACAAGAAAUCAAAUCAAUGAUGCUUCAUUAGUUUCCUGUAAUUUACUCAAGUCACAUAUUUGAAUUUAUCAUGUAAUUCAUCCAAUUAUUCUAGUCAAAAUAUUUUAAGAGCUUUUCUUUAGAUUGUGAUAUUUUACUGCCAAUAAAUAUUAUUUCUAUGAAUA